AUGUCGUUCAAACUCCCCCGGAACGUUCCCACCUUCUCCUCCUCCCAACGCCAAUAUGAAGACGGGUACUGGCGUGCAAGAGCCAACAUCGACGACCAGGAUUUCUCCUUCUCCAGCUUCGUGAACCCCGGCUUCAAUAGCGAUCUGCCCAUGUACAAGGACAAGCCUUACUUUGCGUCGCGGCGGGCCCGGAGACGGCGGCGACUGACCUUUUUGGUGAUGGUUGGAUUGGUGUUCUUGGCGAUUGUGUGGUUACUUGUGCAUAAAACCGCGCCCCGGGAGGUGUUGCGGAUGAAGAGUGGGAAACAGGGGGGCAAUUUGUGGAAGUGGAUGAGGGUUAUGGAGAAGGAGAAGGGAGAGGAUUUGGAGGAUGAGAAGGGGCGGGUGGAUUGGGAGGAGAGGAGGGAGAAGGUUAGAGAUGCGUUUAUUGUUAGUUGGGAUGAUUAUGCGCGUCAUGCUUGGGGUCGCGAUAUAUACAAGCCACGGAGCAAGAAAGGCGAAGACAUGGUCAAGGGAGGAUUGGGCUGGAUAAUUGUCGACUCGCUGGAUACAUUGAUGAUCAUGAACCUGACGUCCCGUGUGCAAAAUGCCCGGAGGUGGAUUCAUACCUCCCUCCACUAUGACCAGGACCAUCCCGUCAACACUUUCGAGACGACCAUUCGAAUGCUCGGCGGCCUCCUCUCCGCACAUUACCUAUCAACGACAUACCCCCAUCUCGCCGCGAUAGAGGAUGAUGAUGAGGGGGCGCCCGGCGAGGACCUGUAUAUCGAAAAAGCCACAGGCCUCGCUGAUCGAUUGCUUGGUGCUUUUGAAUCUCCGUCCGGAGUUCCGUACGCGAGUAUUAACCUUAAUACAAGCGUGGGCGUAGAAUCACAUAUGGAUAACGGCGCCUCUUCAACGGCGGAGGCAACCACUGUCCAGCUAGAAUUUAAGUAUCUUGCGAAACUUACGGGGGAGCCAAACUACUGGGAGAAAGUGGAAAAGGUAAUGGAAGUUGUUGAAGGAAAUGGGAGGGAGGAUGGCCUCGUUCCUAUCUUCAUUCAGCCGACUACAGGGAAAUUUAUGGGACAGAAUAUCCGACUGGGCAGUCGGGGAGAUUCAUACUAUGAAUACUUAAUUAAACAGUAUCUUCAAACUUCUCGUGAAGAACCGAUCUACCUUGAUAUGUGGAAUGAAGCUCUCACGGGCAUCCGCAAACAUCUAAUCACGUAUACAAAACAUGCCUCUCUAACAGUCCUAGGUGAGAGACCAAAUGGUCUCAGGCAUGAACUUGUACCUAAGAUGGACCAUCUCGUCUGCUUCAUGCCCGGUACCAUUGCGCUCGGCGCGACAGGCGGCCUACCAAUCUCCCAAGCCCGCAAGUCCCCCGACUGGGGCCGCAAGCAAGAAGAAGAAAUCCUCCUGGCCAGAGAACUCAUGAAAACUUGCUGGGCCACUUACGUCGCAACAGCCACCGGCCUCGCACCCGAAAUCACCUAUUUCAAAACCGACAGCCCUCCCCGCAUGAUGAAAGACGUCUUUCCAGACCUAAAAAAAAACCCUUCCGCUGCCAAAUCCGCCAGCGCAGACUUGCACCUAACCUCCCAACCCCUCUACCCACUCACAGACGCCAACAGUGCCUGGCGCAAGGACAUCAUCAUCCAGCCCAACGACAAACAUAACCUCCAACGGCCCGAGACCGUCGAGUCACUGCUCUACAUGUACCGCAUCCUCGAAGACGAGACGUACCGGCACUGGGGCUGGCAAAUGUUCAAGAACUUCGUGAACCACACCUCGAUCAGCGAGAAGGAUAAAGAGCCGCCGAUCCGCGACUCGUACAAUAAAAACGUCGAUCCGGAGACCAAGAAGAAAGUGCGCACGUCGCACAUUCGCGCAUUCACGUCGCUGGAUAAUGUCGAUGUGAUCCCGGCGGUGCAGAGGGAUAAUAUGGAGAGUUUCUGGCUGGCGGAGACGUUGAAGUACUUCUAUUUGCUGUUUUCGGAUAGGGAUUUUUUGCCUUUGGAGGGGAGUGUGUUUAAUACGGAGGCGCAUGUGUUUCCCCGGUUUCAGAUGGGGGAGUUGUUUAAGACUGGGUGGAAGAGGAAGCAUGGGAAGGGGGGAUGGUUUUCGUAG